GGCACUAUGCAGAGAUAAAGUAUUGGUGAAACGGUUUUUCCAUCAUUCUCCGCCUGCUUGUUCAAUUUUAAUUCCCAUUGAAACUAGGAGCGACAGGGCUGUCCCUACAAGGGACAGGUUCAGUACCUUGCCAGUAGAGAUAAAACUCAAUAUUCUAGAGCACAUUCCUUUUGAAGAAGCAGCAAGAACAAGCAUCUUGUCAAGGACAAGUAAUUGGUCUGAAUAUCCACAAGUCAUACUUGACAAACUCCUCUUUGAAGAGCGUGGCCGAUGGAUUUCAUUGCUUCCAACUGCAUGGGUAACUAAAGUUGCUGAAAUUCUCAAUAAUCAUCGUAAAGGUCCCAUUCCCAUUCGAAAGUUUAUUAUCCACAUUCCGGACAUGGUAUUUAAGUGGGGCCUAUAUAUAAAUAUCUGGAUAUCAUUCCUGUCAAAAAAUGGUAUCAAGGAACUCUCCGUGGAUAAUUGGAAUAUUAUUACAUGUGAGCUUUCUUAUUUUCUCUUUGAGUGCUAUGAAUUGACCCGAUUGAUGCUCCGUAAUUGUACAUUCUACAAAUCAUUUGGAGGCUUUCAGAAUCUCCGAUUCCUUCGUCUUGAGAAAAUAGCAUUUGGUUCCGUCAUAGUUGGUGAUGUUACACUUAGGCUCAGCACCCCAUCGCUUGUGCGGGCGGAGCUUGUAGAAUGCUUGGGCUUUCAAUAUUUGAAUAUUCGUGCUCCAAAACUCGAGCAUUUUGUUGUUGCCAAUAAUGAUGGAAUGAGUCGUGAUGAUGUGAAUCAGAUGGGGUUAAAUAUGGCGGGACCGAAUUUUAAUGCAGUCUGCUCCCAUCUGCAGAAUUAUUUUUCUGGGCGCAGUGUUAUUUUUCUCUCCAUGAAUUCGGUGAGCCAGAAGGUUAACCAUCUUCAACUACGGACAAAAACAAGAGUUGUUGAGGUGAAGCGCCGAAGGCCGUUGUCUCGGGCCCCCAAGUUUGAAUAAAAUUUAGGGCCCCAACUAGGGGAGUGUAUUAUGUCGUAUUAUUUCAUAAUUACUUCAAUAUUAGUUUAAUUUAUUUAUUUUCAUGCUAUCGUGCGGUGUUAUUUUGAUUCGUGUCCAAUUGAUAUUUAAUUUGAAA